AAACAAUGGAUUUCUCUCUCAAAAAAAUCCAAACAAUGGACACCACAUUGUUAGGGCACAAAACGGCUGUAAAUAAAUAAGGUUUUUAGUAAGAGCCUAACACCACCAACCAGCGGGGGCAGAUUGGCGUGGAUGGAUAUGGAGGAAGCAAAGAAGAGAAAGCUAGAGGAAGGAGGUAUACUUCCAGUGGUUUCACUAGAAGAGUUACGCUCCCUUCUUGACCCCUUACCUAAAACGCAGCUUGUUGAUCUUCUCGCUAGGGUAGGGUCCCUAAAUCCUUCAAUUGCUGAAGAAAUUAAAAAUGUUGCAAGCGCAGAUCCUGCACUUCGAAAGCUUUUUGUUCGCGGUUUAGCUUGGAAUACCUCUUCAGAAACUUUGUGUGCUGCCUUUGAAGAGCACGGCGAAAUUGAGGAGGGUGCAGUCAUUUUUGACAAAGCGACGGGAAAAUCUCGUGGCUAUGGUUUCAUUACCUAUAAAGAUAUGGAAUCAGCUCAGAGAGCUCUGCGAGCACCUAGCAAGAUGAUUGAUGGUCGCAUGUCAGUUUGUAACCUAGCUUCUGAAAGCAUAAACAGCAAUACCAGUAUUACAUGUGACCAAUCACAGAGGAAGCUCUAUAUUGGGGGUUUAUCACCAGACACAACUAGUGAGAUGCUUCUUGAUUUUUUCCGAAGGCACGGUGAGAUAGAGGAGGGUUCAGUUGCAUAUGACAAAGAUACUGAAAAAUCACGUGGUUUUGGCUUUGUCACUUAUAAAAAUACGGAGUCUGCAAAGAAAGCGUUAGAGAAUCCACAAAGGAUACUUGGGGGAAGGAAUGUUACGGUAAAACUUGCUGACAAUUACAAAGGCAAGUUCACUGCUCAAGUACAGACUUCUGCAGCAUUAGUUACAACCCCAUUUCUGACAACACCACCCGGUUACCACUCACAUGCUCAACAGAAACCACCACAUGGAUUUGAAACUCAUCUCAGCGGUUACACAUACCACAGUGGCACACACAUGGUCCCACAGCCAUCCUAUCCCAUGCAACCUCCUCCUUAUCCGCCCUACUACAUGCCAACCCAAUAACCGAAGAUGAUAAUACAGCAGUCACUCCAUGCAAUAUUGGACGGGAUUUUCACUAUGGGUCAUCCGGAAACAGUCUCUAUGUGCUUUAGUACAGGGGUAAGAUUGCGUACAUCCGACCCCUUACCUCACCGUAGGUGGGAGCCUCUGGGUCACUGACGUAAAUGAAAAUGAUGAAUGAUGAGAUAGAGUCGUUCCCGCAUGGCAUGCACAAUUUGUGGAUCGUGUAAUUGACCUGGAUUAGCAUGAGCGGGAUCAAGUCAAGUGAGUUUACCCCACAAAACUACAAAAGUAACUUGACCCCGAUAAAAAAUAGGCCCCUCUAUGAAGCCUUUCAAAUCACCAUAAAUUGAUCAUUUACACAAAUAUGCAAAGGAUCGUAAUGCAAAAAGUUCGAAACGGCAUGACUCCUAAAAUCAUGAUGACUGAUGAGGGUGUGCUCCAUGCAUUUCAUCAAGCACAGUAUCUUCCCUCUCUGGUUAAACUUCUGUUGCAACGUUUUCACAUUGUUUAGAUUGACCCAAUUUCGUUGUUCCUUUAUAUCAAGCCAUUUGGGAAAUAUAUAGGCAUAUUAGGUUUUUCCACAUCUACCCUUCUUAUACUGUUCAGUUUAUCAUUUUUCAAGAAAACAUAAUGUCAUAGUGUAUGAUAUAUUUUAAAUCCUC